AUGUCUCUGAACGAAGUCUGGGAGGCAUCCUCCGCAUCGCCUUUCUCACCCUUUGUGUCUAAGGACAGCCAGUUCGCCGUUGGCUUCAACUUGCUUGUGCUUGCAAUCCUCUUGACAGGUUUCUUCGGUCUGAACCGUUCCUUCCUGAGCUUCACUUCUCUGGGUGUGCCUGCAUCUGCUUGUUUCGGGUUUGGAGCUGUGUUCAUGAUCUGCGCCGUCGGAGUCUAUGUUUAA